CCUCCAGGGUUCACAAAAUUUCCAUACAUAUUUGAAAAACCCAUUUACACGAAGGCCAAAGACUGGUCACCUGACAUUUUAGAGUCCAAACCCACAGCAGAGGUACCGGUAACUGUCCCUGGUAAUUAUGGCAGUUCUGAGGUCAACGGAUUCCCUAUUAAAAAUGGAAACUCUGAGGUGUAUAACGUUCCCGAGUAUCCCGGAAGCUCUGAGACCAAUGGACACCCUGGGUUGAAUGGAAACUCUGGCUUCUAUAAAAUUCCUGAGGGCUAUGGAAGCUCAGAGAUAUAUGGAUAUAAUGGCAAUUCUGGGUACAAAAUCCAUGGAAGCCCCGAAAUACAUAGUUUUAUAGGUCAUGAAAAUCCUAGCAACCACGGCUAUGCUGGGUUCCAUAAUCAUCCUACGGUUCCUGGAUUCCAUGAGACCCGUGGAAAACCAGGAUCAUAUGGCGUAUCUUCUGUAUCUGAAGUGCCUGCAGGCGGACUUUACAAACUAACUGAUCCUUUCAAGGAGGAAGCAGGAGUUAUAAGCACUGGAGAUUAUAAUUGGAAUGUUAAUGGAGACGUGAUGGAAAGUCAUAAGAAGAGGAUGAGCCCGCUGAAACAUUUGCUGCAGAUCAUCACCGCUUUCCUCCCCGUGGGGCUGAUAAUCUCAGCGCUCACCCCCAGUGUCAUCACCAUUCAUAACACCGACACUCAACAGGCAUCGAACUCGUACCGUCGGUCGGACAGCGUGCCAGACGUGCCGCCCAUAAGCGAGCGUUGUCGGCGGCGACUGCUCUGCGAACUCCAAUCAGACGCGAAUUACAGUCCAUCUCAGAAAGGCAAACGCAAGCACUGCUACAAGAUCUACUGUGAGGACACGCAGGCUCUGUGGAGAUUGCUGCACUGGAUCCUCACGCGACGCAAGACUGGAGAAGACCAUGGAGCUAGAAGAAUCACUUAGCGCCAAAUGCGUCACUUUUAAAUUAUCAUGUCUUGAGUGGGAAGGGGGAUUAUAAGACUUGUUUUUAGUAUUUCUAAGUUCAUUAUUCUUUGUUAUAAACAAGACGUGAUUUUAUUAUAAUAUAUUUGUUUAAUUUUUUGAUGA